AUGGCUCCAAGUCCUUUCAGUAAUAGUAGCACCUACCACAACAGAAGAACAAAACUCCAACUCGAAUGUGUUCAAACAAUAGGAGGAUUAGUUUCGGAUAUCAGUGACGAAUCUCAAUACAGAAAGAAAGUUCCAGGAUUUCCAGUUGAUAUUAAACUAUCUCACAAUCAUUCCUGUAUCCUAAUUGCUGACUUUUACAAUAAUUCUAUCAAUGUCCUCGAUAUCCACACAAAGGCCUUUAAACUUGCCAUUAAAGUUCCAAUUUCUCCAAUCUUGAGAAUUCUCAUUGAGGAGAAUUACGAAUCGAAUAAGGAUGCCCUAAUUGUCUCUUCCAAUGAUGAAAUGAUUAAAUAUGAUCUUGCCAAUCUCAUUGAAGCAGCCACGUACAAUCAAUAUGCUGAUUGUUUGUGGAGAUUGUACGCAAGUUGUGAAUUUAAGGGAAUGUCACUUGUUAAGGAAAAGGAUGGAAAUAAGAUUUACGUUUGUGGGUCUCCAAAGAAUUGCAUUGGAAAAGUAGAUAGCCUGACAGGGUUGAUGAACGAUGAUGAUGAUGAUGUACUUCCAGUCAUUUCAUGUUUCCAACCAGUUAUUGAUCCAAAAGAUGGUUCAAUGAUUGUUGGUAUUCGAAACAAUUUCCCAACCAACUUGUUUCAAAUCUAUUCUCAGAAUGAACGUGGUGUAUGGUCAUGUGUGAAAUCCAUUGCAAAGGAAGGAUUAUUUUCUUAUCCACAAGAUGAAGACAUUUCCUUUUCAUUUCUUCUCGACCAGACGAAUCAAUACAUUCUCUUAAAUAAGGAAGGACAUGGUCUGUUGAUGAUUAGUGUGGAGAGUGGCGCCAUUGUCAAAUCAUUUGAGAAUAGAAAGGAGGGUGCCAAUGUUGGUGGAAUGUGUUUCAAUUCAAUUAGUGGUGAAUUAUUUGUUUGUGAUGCUCAAUAUGGUGUUGUGAGAGUUUUCAAAUAAGCAAUUUCUAGACAUUGUAAGGCAAUCAUGAUGAUUCACAGUUCCAAUACUAAAUACUAACCAACAGUUAAAUUCUGUUAAAGUCCUCAAGAAAAAGUUGGUUCAAAUCAAAUUGACCAAAUAUGAAAAGGUUCCAUUUUUGAACUUCAAAUAAUUGGACUAAAGAAAGAUAAUAAACAGUUAAUUCAAAU